GGCACAACGUGGAUGCCUAGAGCCUCAGCUGGCAUUUUCUUCUCUUGGCACGAAUGUGAAAGAAGAAAAUCGGAUGUUUCGGUGUUUGAAUUGUAUUUUGGAAUAUUAAUGUAGUUAGUGAAUAAUAAUGAGUAAGUGCAGUUGCUGCACGUUUGACAGUAUACGCUGCCGCUAAUGUCAGGUGAUUUACGUUAGACAAUUACAAACGGGGGAAAAUGCAUUCGCAAUCAGCCUUUGAUGACCAACCUGACGAGGGACCCAGUAGAUGUAGCACUAUACUCUAUUAUACGUGGAAAGUCUGCACGUGUCUUUUUUCUCACGUAUUACUUGUGUCAAUGGUUGUCACAUAUUGUAUCAUGGGUGCCUUCAUGUUUCGUCAUUUGGAAGCUGAAAAUGAAAUAAAGGUGAAGAAAAACAUCAGCAAGAUUCGCAAUAACGUGACGUCCGACCUGUGGUGGCUGACGGAAAGCAGCAAGGUGCUGGUGGAGGAGAACUGGACGCUGCAGGUGGAGAUGCGGCUGGCCGACUUCGAGAAGGAGCUGGUGCGCUGCAUGAAGUCGGACGGAUGGGACGGCAGCGAGGACGUGGGCGCCGUCCAGUGGACGCUGUCCGGCGCUCUCUUUUACUCCAUCAUCGUCAUCACGACUAUCGUUGUGUAUUUCCAGUGUCACGUGGCGCAGGCGAAGUGCUGGCGCCCAGAUGGCAGCACCGACAGUUAG